AUGUCACCCGGUGGGGAGACGGAAGACGCGUUUGUUUCUCAAGCUGGAGGCAUCAACCCAGCCAACAAAGCUGCAACGUCUGGAAGCUCCAUGAACCACGGGGCUCGUCAUGGUUUCAAAUCCAGACUGCUGCAAAAGUUUCAGAGCUACCUAGCGAAACGUAUUGGACGUGGUAGAAAGGAGAUGGGGUAUCAACUACACCUGUCAACUGCAGAACUUUCUUCCCCUGCCGUGCAAUUCAAGACAAUGUCGCAUAAAGUUAAAAACUUCAUGGGAUUUACCACUCUGAACACCGCUAUUGUAGCCAUAGAGAGUGUUAGGCAUGGGAAUACUCUUGCAACAGACGAAAUGCCCGAAGAAUACAGUCAUUUCAAACAGGAUUUGCCCAUGGAAGGCCAUGAGGACUUUGAUGCCCAGAACCCAACAACUGACUCCAUCUUAAACGAAACAGUUAUUCGCCCCCUGCGAAUGAAUCCGGUAACAAGUGAAGAAGAGCUCAAGGAGCUUGAUGUCACUGACGAGUACAGCAACACGUCCCAUAUCGAUGAACCGCUUGAACGGUCAGAAUCUCCCCCGAUGUACAUCAUGUCCACCGUUGCCACGGUUGAUGAAGAUGAGGAAAGGGGUAGUUCGCGAGGAAGCACAAUUUACAGUCGGAAGGAAGCUGAUGACCGCAGCUCUACCACUUCUGUUAGUAUUUCAUCUUUGCCUCUAUUCACCCCGCUGGGUCUGUCGGUGGCCUGGAGGGGACUGGGUCUGUCUCUGGACGUUGAAAGCCUAGUUCCUCGUUCACCCUAUCGCAUGGGCAGGGAACGCCGCUAUGGCUGGAUCGAAGGACAGCCGUUUCACGUUUAA